AUGUCUGACACGCUGGGCUCAUUUGGCAUGCCGAGGAGGAUGUCUAUUCGAAAACCUUAUCAGCGUCGCCAGUCAAAUACAUGGCGCGCAAUAGAGGAGUCAUGGGAAGAAGAUGUCGACUAUAUCUACGACAACGCUCUAGAAGCUGACUGUGACUUCGAAUGGGAUCGAGUAUCUGAUGACGGUGUUCGCUGUUGCGACACUCCUUCUGCUGAGCAAGCCAAUCGUCGCAACUCCAGAAUCACCUCCGCUGAUCGAGAGCGUUUCGCCUCUGACAAUUUCCGCUCAUCUUUGCUGGUUCCCAGCACAUCGAGUGUGCCAGAACUUGUUCCGACUUCUGCGAUAUCCACAUCCACCCUCAGCACUGGCCUGCCACCGACACCCUCAGGAUUCUUCCAUGCCAACCGUUUUAGCGGCGACACUGGCUUCAUGCUAAGCCCGUCCCUUCUUGUCCCGCAGGAAUACAAGGAAACACGAGAAGUCACAUAUGAGGACUUGCUUGACGAGUACGCCGCGUCCGACCGGCACUUUCCAAUGCUCGACGCCGGUCGAAGUACGACGAGCUCGGCGCGUAGCAGUCACGUCCGACUAAGUAGGCGAAGCUCUUAUGACAGCAGCCUCAUGUCCUCUUCUCAGAGCUGCGGUCUUUGGAGCUCCCCUGUGAGGCGCUCGGCAAGCUCUGCCGGCAGUGUCCCAGAGCUGAUUCCGUCCCGUCGUAGCCGCAAGUCGCUUGGCUUCAGUCUUGCAGCUGAUCAGUUUUCAGAGCAGAUUGCGUUCCUUAACGAAGACAAAGAGGACGAUGACAUUACGCCACCAGGGCGUACCCUGGAAGGGCGAACAUUCUUCGCUUCAGACGACGAAGCGCCUCAAGAUGAGGAGCAAUCUCGCAGCUCCAUUGAGACCGAGCUCAGAGCCUCUCUUGAUUUGGCUCGACGUGGCUCACAGCGUGCCAAUCACUCUACUGUCGAAGAGGAGCUCAAGUCGUCGCUCGACCUUGCGCGCCAAGGGUCGCAGCGUUCCACCCGUGCACCAGCGCGCCAGCACAAACCCGCCCUGUCUGAAGGUGCCGCCAAGUUCCUUUCCGUCUCUGCUCCGAAGGAGGAUCAACCAACCAAGCCACGUAACCGCGCAGCGACCACCGCGCAGUCUCGCUCCCCUAUGUUGUCUCUCUUCCCGACACCCCCACGCAACAUAUAA